AUGCGACCGUCGUUGUGGCUCGUCGCGCUCGGCGCGAGCGCGCUCGGCGCGCCGCGAAGGGAGUACGAUCACCAGAACGACACGUACGCGCCGCGGUUCCGCGAGUUCGUCGCGGCGGCGGACGCGCGCGUCGGAUUGACGCCGUUCUUUUCGCCGGACACGAGCGCGGACGCGAGCGCGUCGCUCGUGCGCGAGGCGAGGGAAAGCGUGGACGUCUUCGCGCCCGCGGUGGAAUCGUGGAGCGGGUGCGGCGCGACGAAAUCGGGGUGCGCGGGAUGCGCGCCGGACCGCGUUCGCGCGAACGAAGCGUUCGUGUUGUUUCGAGAGCUGCUGAACGCGGCGCAUCGAGGCGUGCGGGUGCGGUUGUUGACGAAUCGGUUCGAUAGCGUUCGAGAGUGUGCGGGCGCGGUUUCCGUGCUGAGCUACUUCGCGGAGAAUUUCGACGUGCGCACGUACACCAGUACGACGUUCAUGCACGCGAAGGCGAUGAUCGUCGAUAAUAACGUCACCGCGAUAAGCUCGGUAAACUGGUCGAAGUCGAGUUACUUGGAAAACAGAGAAGCCGGCGUCGUCGCGAGAAGUAAGAGCGUCGCGGAAUUCGCGGGCGAGGUGUUUGAAUACGACUGGAGCGUAGCCGAAGUUUGGCGAAUGCCGGCAAACGAUGGAAUCAGCGAGGAUGAGAUUCAACGAAUGAAAUCGAGCGAGUGGCUCGAGCCUUUUCCGAUACCAUCGAGAAACAUCUCCGCGCCGCAUUACUCGCCGAAGAAACUGCGUGAGACGUGGUGUAAGGGCGCCGCGGUCAAGGUGAGUGUGAGCCCAGACGCAGGCGCGGCGACCAUGCUCGAGGCGAUGAACGCAAGUGCGACGCUGGACAUUUACACAUACCAAAUUACGGACGAUUUCUUCGCGUCAAGGCUAUUGAAACUGGCUGAUGCCGGCGUAAUCGUGCGAAUCGUGUUGUCGCGCGCCAUCUUUUCCGACGUCGAUAGAAAGCUAUCCGCAAGUCUCGUCGACAAGAUGCGCGAGAAUGAAAAAAUCGUAUUUCGCUCAUCGCCGCGAUAUUAUCGUUACGCACAUUUGAAGAUUAUGAUCGUGGAUCGUGGACGCGAGGGUGAACGCGUCGUCUUGGCGACGGGAAAUUUGUCGCCAAGCGAUUUGCCGCUCCCAGUCCGUCCAUUUCUCCCGUUGCACAAGGGCGGUGCAUCCAUCAACCGUGACUUCGAGAUCGUGAUGCACGACGCAAAUAUUGUGGAACAGUUUCAAAACUUAUUCGACGGAGAUAUGGCGUACACCUCGCCGUAUCGCCGACCGUCGAAGUUCUGA